GGCGGGGCUGUGCCUCCACUGCAGCCCAACGCAGGCCGCGGAGCCGGGGCGCUGCAGCGGAGAGCGCGGGCGUGGAGCGCGGCGGGCCGGCGCCGGGAGUCCUGUUGAAGAGUAGUGUCUCUGAGCCUUCAGGCCUUCAGAGGCCUUCAGAGCUAAUAGGUGGGCCUGCACGUGGGAGAACAGCCCCUGCUCCUUCAUCAGAGGAAGCUUGCCAUUGCUAUGGAUACCGAAUCCACGUAUUCUGGAUAUUCCUACUACUCAAGCCAUUCAAAAAAAUCUCACAGGCAAGGGGAAAGAACAAGAGAAAGACACAAAUCACCACGGAAUAAAGAUGGCAGAGGGUCAGAAAAGUCUGUCACCAUCCAGGCUCCCACUGGAGAACCCCUGCUGGCAAAUGAUUCUGCCCGCACAGGCACAUCGGAAGUUCAGGAUGACAACUGGGGAGAGACCACCACAGCCAUCACAGGCACCUCAGAGCACAGUAUAUCCCAAGAGGACAUUGCCAGGAUUAGCAAGGACAUGGAGGACAGUGUGGGGCUGGACUGCAAGCGCUAUCUGGGCCUCACCGUUGCCUCGUUCCUUGGACUACUCGUCUUCCUCACUCCCAUUGCCUUCAUCCUGCUACCCCAGAUCCUGUGGAGGGAGGAGUUGAAACCCUGUGGCGCCAUUUGUGAGGGACUUCUCAUUUCCGUGUCGUUCAAACUGCUUAUCCUGCUCAUCGGAACUUGGGCACUUUUCUUCCGCAAGCAAAGAGCGGAUGUGCCGCGGGUGUUUGUGUUCCGAGCGCUGUUACUGGUCCUUAUCUUUCUUUUUGUGGUUUCUUAUUGGCUUUUUUAUGGGGUCCGCAUUUUGGACUCUCGGGACCAAAAUUACAAAGACAUCGUGCAAUAUGCAGUCUCUCUUGUGGACGCGCUGCUUUUCAUCCACUACCUUGCCAUCGUCCUGCUGGAGCUGAGGCAGCUGCAACCCAUGUUCACACUGCAGGUGGUCCGCUCCACUGACGGAGAGUCGCGCUUCUACAGCUUGGGACAUUUAAGCAUCCAGCGAGCAGCCUUGGUGGUCCUGGAAAAUUACUACAAGGACUUCACCAUCUAUAACCCGAACCUCCUAACAGCAUCCAAAUUCCGAGCAGCCAAGCACAUGGCUGGCCUGAAGGUCUACAAUGUAGACGGGCCCAGUAACAAUGCCACUGGUCAGUCCCGAGCCAUGAUUGCCGCAGCCGCUCGGCGCAGGGACUCCAGCCACAACGAGUUGUAUUAUGAAGAGGCUGAACAUGAACGGAGAGUGAAGAAACGGAGAGCAAGACUGGUGGUGGCUGUGGAAGAAGCAUUUAUCCACAUUCAGCGUCUCCAGGCUGAGGAGCAGCAGAAAUCUCCUGGGGAGGUGAUGGACCCCAGAGAGGCAGCCCAGGCCAUCUUCCCCUCCAUGGCCAGGGCGCUGCAGAAGUACCUGCGCACCACACGACAGCAGCACUACCACAGCAUGGAGAGCAUCCUGCAGCACCUGGCCUUCUGCAUCACCAACAGCAUGACCCCCAAGGCUUUCCUUGAACGAUACCUCAGUGCGGGCCCCACCUUGCAGUAUGACAAGGAUCGAUGGCUCUCGACACAGUGGAGACUUAUUAGUGAUGAGCCUGUGACGAACGGGUUACAGGAUGGAAUUGUUUUCGUCCUUAAAUGCUUGGACUUCAGCCUCGUGGUCAAUGUGAAGAAAAUCCCAUUCAUUGUACUCUCAGAAGAGUUCAUAGACCCCAAAUCUCACAAGUUUGUUCUUCGCUUACAGUCGGAGACAUCAGUCUAAAAUUUCUAUACUUGCGGCUUUAUGAAAAACAAAAGAAGAAUAUAUAAAUAUAUAUAUAAAUAUAUAUGUCCAGGGGGAAGUUCUUUUAUAAAGAUUUUUUUUUUUUUAAUUCUUCAAUGCUGACUCAGACUGGCAGAGGAUAGACCAGUAUCCUUCGACCAUCUGCACUUUAUUUGGAAGGAAGCAGAUGUCCACCCGGACAAGCGACUGGUGGCAUCUGACUUUAAUAGAUAGGACUUCUGAAGAAGCUGUUCCCUGGAGUUUCUGUAACAGCUGUAAACCAAAGUGUAGCUGCUGUGUCCUUGGGAGCCUUGCCUUACAACUGGUCCCUCCCUGUGGCCCGGUACCAUACCCACCUGUACUUCUGGUCAACCCCCUCAUUGGUUCUAGGGGGACUCAGUUUAUUCUGCUUCAGGAAAUCAGACACUACACGACCACAUAUGUGUUUGUACAUGUAAUUAUACACAUCACCACACCACCCUGGGGAGUGGUGGGCAGCCCAGGAAAUGUCCACACGCCCGAGUCUUUGUUCUUUGUUGCCUUAUGUUGCAAAGAGAAAGAACCCGAUGGAAAAUGCACACUGCUCGUUUGCAGCUGUUAAGUGAUUGGCUUUCCAUUUUCCAGAGAGUGAGCCUGUCUGUCCUAUUUCUAGCCCUGCUCCUGUUGGCCUGAGGCAGGUAGCCCUUCCCUAGCCCUGGGAUUGCCUACCUGGGCUUUACUCUAGCAUCCACUCUCCUGAGCAUCUGGACCACAACUGUACCUGGUGGGCAGCCCUGGCCAGGCUAGCUUGGCCCUCCAGAGCAGACAAGGGACUUGGCUUUCCAAGUGUGCCCACAAGCUCUUUGCACAGCCCCUCCCACAGUCUUUCUCCAGAGAAGUAGGAUAUGACCCUGGGGAUCUAUUCCACUGCAGCGGCUUCUUUAGGCUACCGCAGGAACCCAUCCACCCAGUCCUCCUUCACACAAACCAGGAGAGACCAACACUGUGACUCCCAGUUGGCAGGUGCACCUUGUAGCCAUCUAAUUUCCCAGGGAGACAAAUAUUCACAAAGAUCAUGUGCCAAGCUAUCCUGCCACGGGAAACCAAACAAUGCCCACCACCCUGGCAACUACUGCUGUCCCAUCCCUGUGGUUUGUGACCACCACCACUGUGCAACUUACCGCAAGGAAAAGGGUCACUCUGCCCUUGCUGUAUAAAUUGCCCUUAAUUAUUGGUCAGGAAGAGAGAGGAAAAAAGAGUGCUGCAGAGCUGGGGAAAGGGAGAGUAGGCAGCCAGCGGUGCAGUCCAGAAGUCUCCUUCUAUCAGCAUGUUGUAGCUGGUUUCAGAGGACUAUCCCCUUGAUGUCCCAUUUGUAGACAUAGCUGCCCCCUGCCAGAGCCCUGUGCAGGGGUGUGACCAAGGAGCCAUUUCCUCACACCUUGCAGUGGGCUGUCCUGUCUCUGCUUGCCUACAUCUGAAGCAAUGCUCCACCAAGUACUCUUUCCUUUCCCGGCUUCAGGGAUCUCAUUUCAGGAAAGGAGAAAGCUGUCAUCAUCUCUGUGCCCGUAUACGUGUACCCCUUUCUGUUUACGAAUUCCAUGAAGCACACGAUUUUGUCUGUCAUUAAAAAAACAAACAAAUUGGCAUGGAAUAUUUGUGAUACACCUGUGCUUAGAAAAGCCAAUGCUAUUCUUUGUUCAGUAACUUUUAGCUCAAAAAGAUGUACUAGAAAAGGAAGAGAACCCUGUAGACAAGACACAGAGCCAGGAUUCCCCAUGUUAACAGUGUGGCUCUGAUUGAGACUCACACGGUGUAAUUGGGUGCUUUAAUCUUAGUUUUUCCCUUUAGGUCCCUUCUACUGGAAGUUCCUCAGGAUGUCUUUCUCAGGAAAUAUUUUAGGAGCUAAGGUAAGGGGUGGGCAGUCUGAGAGAGUCUGGCAAUGUGUGGAGGGUAAAGUCACAGCGUAGCAGCUGUGCCAUGAAUACCAUGUGGUUGUUAAGUGCCAUAAAUGUAAAUAAUGUUGAGUUAAGGUAACACUACUCAGUGACAUUUUAAAAUACUGUGUUUCCAACCCUGGCUUAAAUUAUGGAUCUCCAAGGGGUUAAAUUGGAGUCAUGUGUUGGUAUGUGCAUUCCCAGCAGAGCAAAGAAAAGUUGAAAUUAAGGGAUUAAUUUAUUUUCCUGCCUGACCCUUCUCCAUCUACUUUGCAUAGGAACUUCAGACUUCCUAAAAUUAUUGUACUGGUUGUAGAUUGAAUAUCGAUUUUUUUUUCAAAACGCUUAAGUUUGCAUCGAUUCCUGAAAGAAAAAAACAAAAAUUAAAAGCAGGAUCCUUUGAGGUCUUUGUGCUCCCAGCGUUUUACCAGCCUGUGUCGAAGUGGGAAUGGUGCGAAGGAGAGUCUGCAGAAGAAAUGUGAAGUCGCAAAAAGCUACAUCACACAACUGAAGACAAUAAAUUUUUAUUUCAUUUCUUCAACCC